UGGGCGCGGGUCCCGGAGCUGAGCUGGCGACGUGGGGAGGGCUGCGGGCGGUGGCACAAGGCCUCAUGAGCCGCCGGCAGCAGGCGCGGGGCGGCUGGGGAGGCCCCAGAGCCGCCGGAAAGGGCAACUGCGGCAGCGGCCGGGGAAAGGGCGUGAACCACCUCCCGGACAGGUGGAAAGACUACCUCCCAGUUGGACAGCGGAUGCCUGGGACACGUUUCAUUGCUUUUAAAGUUCCAUUAAAACAGAGUUUUGAAGAAAAACUUGCCCCAGAAGAACGCUUUUCCCCUUUGGAUCUUGUUAAGAAAAUACGAGAACAGAAUGAAGAGCUUGGAUUGAUCAUUGAUUUAACAUACACUCAGCGCUAUUAUAAACCAGAGGAAUUGCCAGAGGCUCUUCCUUAUUUAAAGAUUUUUACCGUUGGACACCAGGUGCCAGAUGAUGAAACAAUUUAUAAAUUCAAAUGUGCUGUGAACAAAUUCUUGAAAGAAAACCAAGAUAAUGACAAACUUAUUGGAGUCCACUGUACACAUGGUUUAAACAGAACAGGAUAUCUUGUUUGCCGGUAUUUGAUUGACGUUGAAGGCAUGAAGCCAAAUGAUGCGAUAGAUUUGUUCAAUAGAUGUCGAGGACAUGCUAUAGAAAGGCAGAAUUACAUUGAUGAUCUCCGGCAUGGACCAAUCAGAAAGAAUGACAGUACUGUAAGGUCAGCCCAUUUUGAAGAAUCAUCAUUUAUCAAGAAGAGAAACUUUUAUAACACCCAUGAAACUGAUUAUCACGCACCCAAACGGACCUUCCACUGGUCCCGAGAUUUCCGACCCCAGCCCCAAGAAGACUUCCAUUACCAGUCCCACGAGUUCUACUCUCAACCCAGAGACUUUCGAUCCCAUCGGCGAGAGUUCCACUCACAGCCCCGAGAUUUCUACCAGUCAUCCAGGAAGAACCAACACAGACGGAAUUACUCUUGCCAAAAUGUGGGAAACCAUCCCCCUUUGCCUCCUCCGGGCCCACCUAGAGAGGACUAUUCUCAGAGCAGAUAUACUUGGAAUCUAAAACCCAACUAUAACCUUCCUCCUUGGAACAAAAGACAGAAACUUAACAGUUACAAUGGACCAUAUUUUACAGACCAAUGGGAGACAGAUAGACAGCCACAGAUAUAUAGAAGUCAAACGGGAGAAAAUAAUUGGCACGACGUUUAGUCAGACCAAAUCAAAGGAGGGUCGCCAUCUGUUUUAUUGCUUUCCCAGGCAAACUUAGGGAGAAAUUGUGUUUUUUACCGCUUUGUUGAUGAGAUUGAAGUGUGUGUGGCAGUGAAUUUUUAAAAAUCCCACGUCAUACCUGAAAUUUUAAAAACAAGAUGGCAUUUAAAAUUUUGGCCAGUGAGCAAAGAGCCUCCACUGCAGAUUACCAAAAAGUAACACGUAUAUUUAGAGUUGCCAUUUAAGGGUUUUUUAUUUGUUUUUAUUAUUUUGGUAACAUUUUAAAGUCUUUUUUAUUAUAUUUACUUAUUGGCCCAUUGUCACUAAGGCUAUUUUUCUGCUUUUGUUUUGUAUUCAAAUGAUGCCUUGCCCAGGAGACAGUCUCUUUAGACGUAGGCCUGGGUCGGGGUUCUGGCAGGACCUGUGAGCGUGACUGCUCUGGGGCGGGCUUGCCUGAAUGCCAGUGGGCAAGUCCAGGAGUGUCACUGGUCAGCUAAGCAGAGAGUGACUCGUGUGAACCACCCUUGGAGUGUAAAAGAACAGAGUGAUCCAUGGCUGGUUUUUUAGGGAAAGUACACUUCCUAACCUGAUACCUACAAAUGGAAGAGGGCAACAGUGUGGUCGUCAAGAAGGUCUGGGUUCAAAUCGAGGUCAAGCACUUAAUGGUUUUAGGACCUUUGACACUCACCAAACUUCCCUGAGCAUCAGUUUCUUCAUCUUUAAAAUGAGGGAAUCAGUGACUUCUACAGGCCCUUCCAGCCCUGAACCUGGGCCUUCGUGGCUCAUUCUAAACGAGUGACAUUAUUUGUCAAAGAGGAAAAAGAAAUCAGAAAAGCCGAUUGGAUUUUGCCAAAGAAAUGUUCCUGUCAGAGUCAGUAAUGCUUUCUACACUACAGGAACAUCCCACCAAGUAGCAGCUUUUUUUCUUCUGGGCUCUCUGCUCUUGACAUGUUUUUUAUCAGUCACCUACCACUGAGGUUGGUCACAGCUCCACCAAGAUUAGAGCUGGCCCUUCAUUCAGUUCAUUUUCAGUUGGUGGCUUCAAGACGGUUUUUCAGGAAGGCUCUAACUUCCUCAGUAGCUCCUUUUCUGUACUGAAGCAAAUUGUUUCUAAGGAGUCUAGAGCAUAAUACUAACCCCAUUCAUUUGAUGGGAACAAUGUCCAGUAUCUUAGGCUGGAACCCUUUCUCAGCUGCUUAUGUGAUAUUUUGUGACCUUGAGCAACUCGUGGGGUACUAGAUGGAGAGACAGAGAAAGGUCUUUUUGGAUUUUUACAGAUAAGGAAAUUAAAACCCAGAGAGCUGAAGGGACAUCUACCCCAGGACACACAGGGAAUAAUCCUCAAAGGUGAUUUUUGAACCCGGAUCCUCUAAUUCUAGCGCCAAUGCUUGUUUAUUCCACUGUACUAAGCUGCCUCCCACAUUGAGCUUCUAGGUCCAUUUGCUUCUCUGUAAAAUAGGGCUAAUGCUACCUGUGCUCUACCUCACAGGUGCAUCAUAAGGCCCAGAGAUCGAUGAUCUGUCCCAAAUGCUUUGUUAAACCAUAUAGAGCUUCAUAGAAUGGCAGCCACUGGUUUGUCCUGGCUGCUGUCCCAGGGUUCCCAAAUCAGGCAGAUGAUAGGUAGAGAUCACGCUCCCGUGGUGCUUUAAGCUUUACAACGCUUUUCCCCUACAACUGCCUGUUCAAAUGUCAUCUUUGCUGUACAGAUGAACAAACUGAUAGUCCCAAAAAAAUAAUCUUAGACCUUUCUACCAUCACUUCAAACAAGAAGGAGUUGAUACUGGACUGAGGGAAUCUUGGCUCUUGCCUCCAAAAGAAAAACUAGUUCUGUCUUUAAAUUCCUUGCUUCACACCCAAUUUGUUUCCUUUUCUCCUGAUCUACAUCUGGAAGAGCUCAGCUCUUUCCAUGAUCACCUUUCAUGAUGUGGAUGGAUGUGAGGAGUUUAGUCUUAUACCUGUGUUUAAAAAGUCACCUGCAUAAGCCCAGAAGAGAAGGCAGAGCCACCUGGUUUUCACAGCUGAAGUUAGCGCUUCACCAGCCAGCUUUUCACCAGCAGGCCUCUGCUCUGAUGCACGUUAAGUGAUCACCAAGCUAACUUGGCAGUUGCGAAGAGCCAGCCUGGUCACAGUUGGGUUGCUGUGAACUUUUUUGUGAUGGCUACUGAGAAGUGGUCUUUCAGGGAGUCCUCCUAGCUGUGACCCUCCAGCUGGAUCAGGAAAGUUAAAAUAGGAUUAAAUAAGGUCCAGACUGGAGGCAAAUGAGAGGAAGAGGAGAAAAGAGCUGAAAUUCUCAUCCAGGCUCUUAACGGAGCCCACCAAUGGCAGCCUCUGAGAAGAAGAGAAAUUAGUACUAUUGAAAACGUGAUCAGGAAUCAGAAACUUUGAAGGGACAAAGUGAAUGUUUAGUAAACUGAAUUGGUGCUUUCAUUUGACUUCAUAAAAGACCCCUGUAGAAGCCUUGAAAUUAAAGAAUCACAUUGCCGAGCUUAAUAA